AUGAUUCUUUGUACAAAGGACCAGCAAUUCAUCACAUUGGCAGACGUAGAAAAAGCUUUUUUGCGGAUUGAACUGAAGUACGCAGACCCUGAUUUAGUACCAUUUGCCAUUGCGUCAUGCCCGUUCUUACUAGCGACGGAAAAUUUGAGAAUUUACAUUUUGACAAUUUUUCUUGACUGCAGAAAAUGUUCAAGAGAAGAGCCUGAUUCGUGGUAUGGGGAAGUUAAGUCGAUAAUUGCAAGCGCGAAAACGAACAGAGAAUUCACAUCAAGUAGUGCAAAGGCUGAAAACGUUAAUGACAGUGACUGUUCGCGAGAUGAGACGAUUGAGGUAUUACUUUCACCGUAUUUGUUAAAUUUAAAGUUAUCCUGUCAAACGCUUCAAAGGAAAAAACUGAUGUGGGAUGAAGAAAUUGAUGUCAUUAAAGACAGUACCAUGUAUCGCAGGAGAAAUUAUGUAGAUGCACCUAUUCGUAGCUGUUCCAAUGGACGCUUUCAGAAGAACAAAGAGUACGUGAUUACGCCGCUGUUUGCAAGAGUGGAGAGUGGCUCCAUUAAAAAUAAUCACCAUUCUUCGUUGGAGGUUGAUGACCCUGGUGAAUUUCCGGAGUUUAUGACAAGUCGAGUGCGAGAGAUACAGUCUAGUAAGUACAAGUACCGAUACGUUCCUUCAACGAAUAACCCAGCAGAUGCAGGGUUGAGGAAAGCGGUUUCGAGGAGCCCUGGUGCAGAGACUGCGACUAAGAAAGGGUUUUCUUUGACGGUUGCUAUUCUUAGUAUUCCUUGGAAAAUAUAG